GUCGCUCCUAGCUUGUUGCCCCCUCUGCCCCGGUAACAGCCCCCCGUUCCCCGCCAGGAAACCAUGGCCGAGCCGGCCCCGGGACCCGCUCCGUCGCCCCAACAUGACGAGGUGCUGCAGCAGCGAGUGGCAGCUCUGGAGCAGGAGAGGGACGAGUUCAUCAAAUUCAAACAGCAGCUGGAGGCCGAGUUCAACCAGAAACGAGCCAAGUUUAAAGAUAUUUUUAUUAUGAAGGAAGAGGAGUGGAAGAGGCAGACCGCGGCGCUGGAGGGAGCCCACGCCGAGCUGAGCUCCGUCCAGAUCCAGCUGGUUCAGGCCCAGUCUGAGAUCGAGAACAUCCAAGCUGUGGCCACCGUGUCGGAGAACACCAAACAGGAAGCCAUCGACCAGGUCCGCAGCCAGUGGCAGGAGGAGGUGGCCUCGCUGCAGGCCAUCAUGAAAGAAACCGUGUGUGAAUACGAGGUCCAGUUCCACCAGCGCUUGGAUCAGGAGCGAGCCCAGUGGAACCAGUACCGCGAGGCCAUGGAGCGGGAGAUGGCAGACCUGAGACGCCGCCUCACCGUGGGCCAGGAGGAGGAAAACCUGGAGGAGGAAAUGAAAAAAGCCCAGGAGGACGCGGAGAAGCUGCGCUCGGUGGUGAUGCCGAUGGAGAAGGAGAUCGGCGCCCUGAAGGCUCGACUGACCACAGCCGGGGAGCGGGUGAAAGAACUGGAGGCCUCCAAGGUCAAAGAGCUGAAUCACGUUCUGGAGGCUGAGAAGUCGUGUCGCACGGACCUGGAGAUGUAUGUGGCCGUGUUGAACACGCAGAAAUCUGUCCUGCAGGAAGACGCAGAGAAACUACGGAAAGAGCUGCAUGAGGUCUGCCACAAGCUGGAGUUGGAGCGGCAGCAGCACAAUCAGCUGAAGCACACGUGGCAGAGAGCCAACGACCAGUUCCUGGAGUCCCAGCGCCUCCUCAUGAGGGACAUGCAGAGGAUAGAGAACGUGCUGUCAUCGGAACAACUCCGCCAGGUGGAGGAGAUGAAGAAGAAGGACCAGGAGGAGGAUGAGAAGGAGCGGCUGAGCCAAGUGAACGAGAUGCAGGAGGAGGACGGAGGAGACAACACCGAGCCUUUGGAGGACUCCUUCCUCGGGCUGAGCGUGGAGGAGCCCCACGCCAACCACAGCGCCCACGGCUCCAUGCACUCUUUAGAUACUGACGUGGUGUUGGGGGGCACCAUGGACCCCUACAAGGAGAACCUGCGGAGAGUUCAGUCCACGGACAGCCUGGGCUCCUCGCUGUCUGCCCAGCAGGGCCUCGGGGGCCAGAACCACAAGGCCAAGUCGGCCAGCCACUUGGAGGAGUCGGACUUUGGGCCCCUGGUGGGGGCCGACUGCGGCGCCACGGACAGUAGUUUUGGGGAAACCUCGUCCAUCGGCUCGAUGAAGCUGACGGGAAGCCACUUCCUGCUGACAAAAGACCAGGAGAAGGCCAUCAAAGCCAUGACGCCCGAGCAGGAGGAGACGGCGUCGCUGCUGUCGAGCAUCUCCCACACGGCCAACAACGCCUACCUGCCGCCCGGAGGCUACCGGCUGGUCAGCGACAGCGAGUGGAAUCUGCUGCAGCAAGAGGUGAAAAACGCUGGCAGGAAGCUCGGCCGACGCUGUGACAUGUGCUCCAACUACGAGAAGCAGCUCCAGGCCAUCCAGGGACAAGAGGCCGAGACACGAGACCAGGUGAAGAAGCUGCAGGUGAUGCUGCGUCAGGCCAACGAUCAGCUGGAGAGGACGAUGACGGAGAAACAGGCUUUGGAGGAUUCAGUCAAAGCAGGCAACGAGGAAACGGCUGCUAAGGUUUCCGCCCUGAUGCAGAGAGUCCAGGAGUCGGAGGCGCUGCUCGGAACACUACAACAAGCCUUCAGUGACGCUAAGAGGAACACACAGGAGCAGAUGGCGGUGCUGGUGAAGUCCAGGGAGCAGGUGGCCGACGAACUGAGUCGACUACAGAGAGACAACGAGAGUCUGCAGGGGAAACACCGGCUGCACGUGGAGCUCCAGCGACAGGAAGACUUCCAGAUGCCCAACACUGUGCAAGAGCUACAAGGGCAGGUGGUGUGGUUGCGCGAGGACACGGUGGCGCUGCGGACGUCGGCCGAUCACAUGGAGGAGAAGCUGAAAGCGGAGAUCCUGUUUCUCAAGGAGCAGCUCCAGGCAGAGCAGUGUCUGAAGGAGAACCUGGAGGACACGCUGCAGCUGGAGAUCGAGGGCUGCAAGGAGGAGAUAGCUUCCUUCUCCAGUUUGAAGACGGAGCUGGAACGAAUAAAAGCCGAGAAGGAACAGUUGGAGAGAAGUUUAGCGGAGAAGACCGAGACACUGGAGAACCUCCAGGGCCUGAGGAUCAGCCUGGAGCACAGACUUAAAGAGAUGAUCACUGUAAAGAGUGCACUGGAGAGUCAGGCCUUGGACGAGAAAGGCAAAGCUCAGCGGCUGCAGACGGAGCUGGACGUCAGUGAACAGGUUCAGAAGGACUUUGUCAAACUCUCUCAGACGCUUCAGGUGCAGAUGGAGCGGAUACGACAGGCCGAGUCGUUGGAGCGAAUCCGAGUGAUCCUCAACGACACCAACCUGACCGACAUCAACCAGCUUCCAGACACAUGAGACCACUGAAUGAAAACUGCCCUCGGCUUCAUGCCCCUCCUUUUUCUUCAUCACUGGCCCAAUAACAUUAUUGAUCUGACGCCUCCUUCCUCCCGCCCCCA